GAUUUCUAUACUUAAUAUUUUCUUAUCAUCACUAGCGACAGAACUAUUGUGAAGGUGUCUGGUUUCGGAUGAGUCCCUCCGAAUCGAUUUCUCAGUGCAGCACAAGAAUAAAACAGUAAACAGUCGUCAGUCGUUGAUGCCCUUACUCGUUAUUUUAAUACCCUGCUUGUAUUUACUAAUAUCCACCGCCUGACCUAGCCUAACAGAACCCACCGCCUCUAAGAUUUUUGCGCAAACUAGAAUUCCUCCCCGACACAUCAGAACUAACGAAAUGAGUAGCCCUCCCCUGUGCAACAAGUAGCAUUUAUCCAGUACACCAAAUUGAAUCUUCUAUAGGACUUUGAUACAGUGAAGCUUAAGUGUAACAAGAAACAUGACCAUGCUGCACUUUCGAUUACAUCUGCUGCCCUUUUUGGCAGCUUCCCAAGGUGUCUUUGGGGUCGAGUGAGCAUGGAUGAUCGGCUCGAAAACGAAGUACCACAACGACGCACGACAUGAGCACGAUAUGAGCUCCUACCUAGGAGCAGUUGCAGACGAAUUUCUAUCGCUUGACAAAGCACCGCAAGAGUUGAUGUUUUCAACUGCAGUUGAAGUAUCUGAAGGACGUUUUCUGGGGGCCCUCCAUCGCGGCCCAACGAACGUGGAGAUGAAGGCGUAGGGCAGUGCGAGGCUGGUUCUUAUAAUGUAACAUAAGAUGAGUUCGUAAUGCUCUUUCUUCUGUUUUAAGAGCCAUUUCGACAGAUUUUGGGAGAUAAAACGGAAGCUAUGUUGCAAAAUGAUUGGCGGUGCACAGAAGUACCUUCCACACAUUUGAUAUCUCAAUUUUGGACUUUCGCUCUCUCUGACCCUUCGAUGAGGAAAGAGUCCCAGCUUCAAAUCUACGAAUUUUUCUGACUCUUGAUGAGCAAAAUGAUGACGCCCAUACUGUCAUCAAUCCACGGAAUUUUGAAGGUCAUAAUAUUGACGCCCCCUAUGGAGUAUCUUUAGUCGUGCAACGUAAGCCUACCAAUGUAGUGUGUUUCUCGCGGUUAUCUUCUUAAAAGCCCCAUUAUUUCGUGAUAGUUAACAUCUCCUGUGGAAUAUGAUUUUUGACUCUCUAAGGUUCACGAGCUUACUUCGUGAUAGCUAACGGUAGGAGGUCUUAAAUCAGCUGCGGGCGUUUAUUAUCGGUUGUCUUCUUGCUAUCGGUUGUCUUCUUGCUAUCGGUUGUCUUCUUGCUAUCGGUUGUCUUCUUGCUAUCGGUUGUCUCCUUGCUAUCGGUGGAUCAUUUAUCACCUGGGUUGUUACCGUAUCGGAAUUUGUCACCCCAUCGACAUCUUGAAAGCUUUAAUCUUAUUCGGUUCUCCGUCGUUUUUUUUCUGGCGUGAUAAGUUUCGAUAUCUGUGUAGUAGGUUAUAGUACCUUCUUCCCCAAGUAGGAAUGGCUGUUUCGUUUGACAACAUUUUAUAAUGACAGGAUAGUAUGGUGGAGGAGAGCGUAGCGACGCGUGUGACCAUUAGAGGUAAAAUAUUUUUCAUAGUAGGACUUGUUCUUGUCGGCAUCCUCUCUG